AUCCAGAUAAUGCUUGCAAAAGAGAAAUGAGUUGCCUGAUGUUAAGAUGUCCUGCUGAGCCAGGUUGUGUGUGGCACGGUAGCUUAAAGGACUAUGAGGAGAGAGGCCACAAUAGACACAGUGAUGAGGUGGGAUUACCUGUCCAGAAACUGACUAGGAACGGAUGUGGCAAUCCUGGAAUAGCACAGAACCCCAGUGGGAAUAGGAAACCACUUAACAACAAAAUCAAUGAAUUGGACAAGAGAAUCACCACAUGUUCCAAACUAAUUCAACAAAUUCAGUGGCAUACUCGCACUGUGCAGGCCAUGGAGAGAGAACAGAAACGAGACCGAGAUCUUGUGGAGUCCUUAGAGAGGAAAAUUAAUUCUCAAGACCAUAUCAUCGCACUGCAAGAUGUCGCCUUAGCUGAGCAAGAUCUAAAAAUUCAGUCUCUGGAGAUGGCAUCUUACGAUGGUGUACUGGUUUGGAAAAUUUCUGACUUCCGUCGUAAAAGAAAUGAUGCCUUAUCAGGUCGUACUACCUCCAUCUACUCACCAUGCUUCUUCACCAGUCAUCAUGGUUACAAGAUGUGUGCCCGAGUAUAUCUGAAUGGAGAUGGAAUGGGCAAGGGCAACCAUGUCUCGCUGUUCUUUGUCAUCAUGAGGGGCACAUUUGAUGGGUUGCUGAGAUGGCCAUUCAGACAAAAGGUCACUUUCAUGCUGCUGGAUCAAAACAACCGAGAACAUGUCAUUGAUGCAUUUCGUCCAGACCCUACAUCGAAUUCCUUCAAGCGUCCUACUGGUGACAUGAACUUUGCCAGUGGCUGCCCGUUAUUCAUGCCUCUGUCUCAACUGGACAGCAGUCGUCAUGCUUACGUAAAAGACGACUGUAUGUUUAUCAAGGUGAUCGUAGACGCUACUGAUAUAAACUAAUUUAUAUGGCCAUCCAAGUAUCCUACCAGCGACAUGAAUAUUGCCAGUGGCUGCC